AUGAAUUUGCGACGAUCUGUUUGUCUAAUUUCGUUGAGUCUGGUGGCUUUAUAUGUUCCUAGUGAGAAAUGGGUUUCCGCUUCUGAGGAGCAGGAAGACGCUGAUGCAGCGGAUGCCGGCGACGUCGAUGUAGCGGACUUUGACUAUGAAGAAGAAUUCUCUGGUGCUUCUAAAACAGAUGAAAAUGAACAGCAGCAACAGAAGCAAUUGUACGAAGAAGAAGAAGUAGAAGGAGCAGUAGAAGAACAGCUGUUGCUGGAUGGAGACGACCUCGAACCUGCACCAACGAAUGAGCCUGAAGGCAACACGGGUGCCCCCGAGAAGGGAGAGGAAGUUGAAGAACUAUUAGGUGAAGAAGAUUUAAACGAUAAGGAAGAGAACAUGAAAUUUACUGGAGAGCAAAAGACAGACGAGGAAGCAGCAGAGAACGAAAGCGACAGCACAUCUAGCAGUGGAGCGACAGUGUAUAACGGACAAGAAGUACAACUUGUAGACGAAGAAGGAACAGCAUUAGAUGUUUCUUCCCUCGCCAAGCAAGACGAAUAUGUAGGCCCAUCAGUUACGGAGUUUGUUGAUAAAGCACCUACGUUCAAGAAGGAGAAGGAAGAAAAGAAGAAACGAAAAGCAGAGGCAAAAAGUCAGCGAGAAAAGAACAACCCAGUAGAUAUCUAUGAACAAGAGUUGGAGGUAUUCAAAUCUACACAAGAGAAAAACAAAGACAGAUUCAAAGAUUACGUAGAAAACGCUGAAGCAGACUUACAAGCCCCCGAAGACCCUGGAUUCUGGAAGAGGAUUAAGCGUUUCUAUGACAGAGGUAUGACAAAACUUGUUGAAAAAUAUGGAUCACAGGAUGUAGAUUAG